GCUGUGUGUGUGUGUGUGUGUGUGUGUGUGUGUGUGUGUGUGUGUGCGCGUGUGUGUGUGUGCAUUCUUCCUUAAAUAGACUUCCUUCCUUUUCUCAAGCUUGAUGUCCGUCUCUCUGUCAGUGCCAGAUAAACAGCCGCUUGUUUAUGCCAUGAAUUUGCCAAUAGGCUGAUCGGUCAUUGAUCCUUCUGCUCUGCGUUGCUGAAACAUGUCCAGAUGUUUAAUGAGGUAGGAUAUUAAAGUGUCUGUAAUGUUUUUUUUUCUUCAAGUAUUGUGUCAUUUCUCAUUAUUACACAUAAUUUAUGGACACCUGUGGUUUGAUUUCUUUGCAUGUGAGGAUUGGAUGGGUUGUUACCCACAUCAGGUGAUAAUUUCAUAUCAGCAGCACCUUCAGAAAUAUAUUUACUUAGAAAAUUGGUGACACGUGCAAUGUGAUCUUGCCCACUAUGUGUGGAUUUUAAAUCUGUUUCUAACCUACAGGAGGGGAGCUUAAAAUGACUGGUCCCAGAGACGAGAGAGGACAUUUAAGGAACUUCUGAACAGCAGAAAAACAUCUGGACACUAAACAUCUGGACAGACACUGGAAAAACAGCUGUCUUCAACCUUGAUCACAUCUGUUGAUCUGAGGCCUGUUAGGAAAAAAAGACACCUGAACAUCACAUCACAACAUCUGUAUUGUAGAAAUUCAUUUGAAACAUUAGAACAACACCUGGACAAGAGGUUCUGGCCUCUGAACACAAUCACAUGUAACAUCUGUCCCACAGCAGAGAAACAUGUGGUUUCAUCACCACACAGCUAGUUGAGUUUUUGAAAACUAAUCAGCUGUGUUCUCUGAACUCUGUGAACAAGGAACGUGGGAGAUGGGAGGAAUAGUGUGUACAGAAGAGAUGAAGGAGGAGAAGAGGAGGAGCGAAGGGAGGGAGGACAGUUUGACAUCAGCAGACAGAAUACGAAGAUUCACCGUCAAACAGUUUGGAUACAAUGUUCUGAGCCUGGCUCGCCGAGGUCUGAAGGAGGUUCCAGAUGAACUGUGGGAGUUGUUGGACUUGGACAAGCUGAAUUUGUCUCUCAACAGCCUGACUGUUCUUCCUUCUCAGCUGGCUCUGCUGUCUAACCUGGUGGUCCUCAAUCUGUGGGGUAACCAGCUGAGCAGUUUGCCACCAGAGAUUGGUCAGCUGAGGAAACUCCGAGUUUUAUUUGCCUACAGAAACAGACUUAAAGAGGUUCCUGAAGAGCUGGGCGCCUGCACACAGCUGGAGGUGCUGAGUUUAGCCAACAACCAGCUGUCAUCGCUGCCGGCUUCUCUCUCUAAUCUGACCCAGUUGAGGAAGCUCAACCUCAGUCACAACCUCAUCACUCACAUCCCGGGCUGUGUCUACAACAUGAAGGCUCUGGUGUUCCUUCACUUGGCCUGUAACCAUCUAGAGAACCUGGCAGAGAACAUUCAGGCUCUGGUGGAGCUCAGAAUUCUCAUUGUGGAGGGAAACAGCAUCCACUCAUUGCCCAAGGCCCUCUGCUGCCUCACCAGGUUGGAGUUACUGAAUCUCGACUUUAACGACAUCAAGGAUGUUCCACAGGAGAUGCACCAGCUGUCCCGGCUGGAGAAGCUUGCUUGCCAUCCUCUGGAUAAAGGACUUCACAUUGUCCACAACCCGCUGCUAAAACCAGUGAAGGAGGUGCUGGAGGGCGGGCUCGCUGCACUUUUUAACUACCUGAGAGCAGGGUAGCUUGUAACAACCUAAGAAAUGGAUUUAGAACUUUUUCAAUACAUUUUUAACUACUUAAAGUGUUGAAUAGGGAGCAGGAGUUUUUAAACUACCUUAGAGCUGCAGAAUGGACUUAUAACCACCCCAGUGAUUUGUGCGAGGUGGGCCUUUGUUGUUCUUAAACAGCCUGUGUGCUUGGAACAGGGGCAGGUGACUGAGAUGACUGAGCAGACACCUGUCAUGUGUCCAAAUGGAUGCAUGUAGACUAGUAAAAUUCUUCUUAAAGAGAAGUAACUUUGAAUCCCUGAAGAGGUUCACACAUGACUGCCAGCACUGAUAAGUGGACUGGACAGUAAGGUCCAGCACCUAUUAACCCUCAGACCAGUUUCCCCAGUCUUCACCAUGUGAUCAUGUUCUUCUGGUUGACAUCACUCAGGCUCAGCCCAGUUAGUCCUCAUGUUCUGAUCUUACAUCAUCAAACAAGAUCCAGAUGAAUACGAUCAGCUAGUGGUUCUUAUUUCUGUGCUUAGGACUCAUUCACUGACACUUCCUGUCAUAUUUCUGCUCAUCUGAAUUUAUUGAACUGGAUAUUUCUUUUAACUGUAUUGAUUAUGCAGAACUUGGCACUGCAUUUCCCCCCUUUUAUAGCUCUUCCAAAGACCUUUAGAUAAUACUGACAUCAUAUGUUAACCCUCUGCUCAGGUUCUAACUAGUCUUCUUACUCAGUGAGGUAGCGUUCAACUGUCACAGUUGAUCAAUAUAUGGACUGGUUAUAUUUAAAUAAAUCUGUACCUGCAUAACCACAUAUGCAUGUGUCAUUUCUACAAGUUCAGAAAAACAAACUAGAAGAUUGUUUUAGUUUCUUGUUAUCUCACAUUUCUACAACAAGAACAAAAUGAUUCAAUAACAUUAUUAAGGAGUGAUCAUUAGAAAGAAUGAACAUGAUUUAUAGAUUAACAGAAUUUAGAUAGAGGUGUGUGGCAGUUAGCCUGGUGAAGGUCUACACCAGUGAUGACACAAACAGCUUGACGGCGUGGGAAAGGACAGAUGUGAGAUCACAAAUCUUCAUUUUUAAACUUACACAUAAGCCUCAUUGACACUAUUUGUUAGGCUUCUCCUUUGGUACAGUUUAUGGUGUCUGGCGGGCCACACAGUGAAAGUGAGGGUACAACACGACAACGAGCAGGGGAAGACGCAGACACUAAAUACAAGAGGUGAACAGAGCUAAGAGGAAACAGCUGGGAGACACGGCUGAUGCUGAUUACACUGACGAGACAGGGAGAGCACAAAGCUGAACGCACAGACAUAAGGCACAGACCUACAAAGUAAAACAGGAAGCACACGACAGACAGAGAGAUCCAGCCGAGACACAGAACUUAACAGACACAGACUCAUGAGCAGACAAAAUAACACCAUGGACAGACAGAAGGAACACAGAGAAGAGGGAGCACAGAAUAAACAUCGGGAGACCAAAUAACAAAACCUAAAAACAAGAACUCAGGAAGUACUGCCAAAACUAGGAAGCUGAAAUCCUAGGACAGAACCCAAAACAGACAGUCAUACUUUGUAAUGAAAUCAAAAGUAAAAGUACAAAACCAAAAACACUGGGUCACCGACCCAGGACCAUGACACUGACUGCAGUUUUGAAAUAACAGAGCUGAAAUGUGCAGCUCUGUCAGGAAUAAUGCACAAUUACAUUUAGUCGUGAUACAUCACAUGGCUUUGACAGAACUGUGUUCAUUCUACAAACGUCAUUUAAAUGUGUUCCAAAUCUUCAGACUUUAUCGCUAAACUGGUGUUGUGAUGGAUAUCUUCUGUAUUUGUUUUUUUCCCAUAGAUGCAUUUUUACCUUCAACUCCUCGGUCAGUCUUAUCUUAGGCCUAGGUUUCAAUCUAAAAAAACUUCUUUGAAUUAUUUACCUCUGUAUGCACAAUCCAUACAUCAAAGUUUGGAGAUUUUUGUCCUCUGUCACCUGAUGCUAACAUUGUUACGAAAGAAUGUAAAGUUUUGGCACAAAUCCAUCCCGAGUGUACGGUGCACUUACCUUCUGUCACGGUCCUGGGUCUGUGCCCAGUGUUUUCUGUUCUGUAUUGUUAAUCUUUUUCUUGAUGUCUCUUUGUUUAUUCUUCCAUUUUGGUUCUGUGUAUCCCCUCUAGUGUAGUCAGGUCUCUGUGUUAAGCCCGCAUCUCUGAGUCUGUGUCUUUGCGUGUGUGUUUCCUGUUUUACUUUGAAGGUUCAUGUCUGAUGUCAAUGUGUUCAGUUUUACUUGCCUCCUGUCUCGUUAGCCCUAAUCUCUCCCAGCUGUGUCUUCCUCCCAUUUCCCACUCCCUGAUUACUCCCCUGUGUAUAUAAGCCCUGUGUUUCCUUUGUUCUCUGUCGUGUCGUUAACGUCUGCUCACCCUUAAACUACUCUGUGUGUUCCGUUACCUGUUUUGUCUGCAUGUUAGUCUACUUUCCCCCAGUAUAGUUAGUCUUCUGUUUGGUCUACAACCUGCAAUAAAGCUGUUUAUUUUGAGUUCA